AGUGAUUCCCCCCGAUCCGUGGACGCCGGCCGCCGCCAUGUCGGAGACCGCGCCCGUCGCCGCCCCCGCCGUGUCUGCUCCAGGUGCCAAGGCCGCUAAGAAGCCGAAGAAGGUGGCGGGCGGUUCCAAAGCCCGGAAGCCCGCGGGCCCCAGCGUCACCGAGCUGAUCACCAAGGCCGUGUCCGCUUCCAAAGAGCGUAAGGGGCUCUCCCUUGCCGCGCUCAAGAAGGCGCUGGCCGCCGGUGGCUACGAUGUGGAGAAGAAUAACAGCCGCAUUAAGCUGGGGCUCAAGAGUCUCGUCAACAAAGGUACUUUGGUACAGACUAAGGGCACCGGUGCUUCUGGUUCUUUCAAGCUGAACAAGAAGCCAGGUGAGACAAAGGAGAAAGCAACUAAGAAAAAGCCCGCAGCCAAACCCAAGAAGCCGGCGGCCAAGAAGCCUGCCAGUGCUGCCAAGAAGCCUAAGAAAGCUGCGGCAGUGAAGAAGAGUCCUAAGAAAGCCAAGAAACCGGUGGCUGCUGCUGCCAAGAAGGUGACUAAGAGCCCCAAAAAGGCUGCGAAGGCAGGUCGCCCCAAGAAGGCAGCAAAGAGCCCGGCUAAGGCCAAGACAGUGAAGCCCAAAGCAGCGAAACCUAAAGCAGCCAAGCCCAAAGCUGCCAAGGCAAAGAAGGCAGCGCCCAAAAAGAAGUAAAAAGACUGAGAAGCAAUUAUAGAGUCUACUCAUUUAAAUAAACCCAAAGGCUCUUUUAAGAGCCACCCA